AUGGGGUCUUUCGCGGUGCUCUGGGCAUACACCCCGGAAAUUUACCCGACCGAGAUCAGAUCUACUGGGCUCGGGGUGGCAAACUCAUGGGCAAGACUGGGUGGCUUCAUAUGUCCGUUUGUGGCGGUCGGAUUGAUAGAAGGAAGUCACAGGGAGUUGGCUAUCCUCCUCUGUGUCUUCAUUCCUGUUUUUGCCGCCCUCGUCACUGCAUGCUUUGCGUCAGAGACAAAGGGGGCUGCUCUUGGGGAGAAAAUAUCCAGCUUCCGGCACUCCAACCAAUCGCGUAGCGACAUGUCGCUUAAUAGCCCCACUUUCUUUCAUUCUGAUGUAGUGGCUGAUGCCCGUAGUGCUACUCACAGCUGCUUUCAAGUCUUUGGGGACGACAGCUCGUGCAGUGACUCUGAUUAA